AUGAUCUCUGAAAAGGCUGCUACCGCUUUAGCUACUAUAGCAACAGUUUGCUGGUGUGUCCAGCUAAUUCCGCAAAUAAUAUAUAAUUGGAAAAAAAAGGACUGUACGGGGCUGCCACCACUGAUGAUGUUCCUCUGGGUUGUUUCCGGAAUUCCAUUUGCCAUAUAUUUCUGUGUUAGUAAAGGUAAUGUCAUUUUACAAGUUCAACCACACCUUUUUAUGUUCUUCUGUUCUAUAAGUUUCGUCCAAUCGUGUUAUUAUCCACCAAUCAGUAUGGCGAGAUCCAAAAUAGUAAUGAUUGUAGCUGCUAUUAUUGCGGCUGAUGUUGGCAUGGAAGUUGGCUUUAUAUUAUGGCUGAGGCCCCUUUACGAGAAGGGUGUUAAAUGGCCCGAUCUGAUUUUUGGUAUUUCUGCAUCUGUUUUGUUAGCUGUCGGACUGCUUCCACCUUACUUUGAACUAGCCAAAAGGAAAGGUCGUGUUAUUGGCAUCAACUUUGCCUUCUUAUUCAUCGAUUCAUUAGGUGCUUGGCUAUCUAUCAUCAGUGUUAUCCUAGGUAAUAUGGAUAUUAUGGGUAUUAUAUUAUACUCAAUAGUUGCUGGAAUGGAGUUAGGAAUUUUCGCGUCUCAUUUCAUAUGGUGGUGUAGGUUUAGAUUCCUAGCUAAAGGCAAUACUUUUGACGAAGAAAGUGGCCAAGCUCAAAAGGAAGAACCCGAUGAAAAAAUCGAACAAGAUAUUAGCAAGAGUGACCGAAAUGUUACUAACUAUAACCUGGAUAACUGUUCAAUCCCCGACGAUGCUUCGAGCUUUGCAGACGAUUUUAAUAUAUACGAUAGUACUGAUGGGGGGACGUUAUCAAGAGCCCAAACAUUGCAUGCUGUCCAUGGAGUUGUGGUUAGAACAGAUCCUGAUCGUUAUUCGAGGCUAAGUGUGUAA